UUAUUUUGCUCGCCUCCUCUGGUCCUCUUCGGCGAGCCUCACGGGGAGCACUACAGCAGGGGGCUCGCUCUGAGCACGACACCACAGGCAAACCGCCCCUCCGCACACGGAUGACCGGUGGCUGUUGCGGGUUUGCCAUACCGAUUGACGGAGCACGUGAUGCACCCACUUCUCGGCCUUAUUGCGCACCUUCUCGUAGCGCGACUCGAUCGGGGCCGAGGAACCCAACGUACACACACGCAUACUGAACACACCAAUGGCACACAGACAUGCACAUCUUACUUAGGUCGCCUGUACUCUUCAUUCGUCGGUGCUUACGCUCUCCAGACAGCGUCACGGUAUUGGCCCUCGUCCAUCCCAUCCGGCACGCCAAACUGUAGGGCCGUCGGCGGGUCGAACACCUGGUACUGCGGCUCCUCACUCACACCGCCACCAGCUCCGCCACCAACAGACGAACGGUCGUUAUCUCCGCCCUCCUCACAAGCACCCGUCGGCAUCAGCGCAGUAUCAUGCCGUGCAGCUACCUCCCCCCUCUCGUCGCUCGGCUGCUCUCCCGCUGCCGCUGCCACUGCCGCCGGCUGGUCUCCCCGCUCAGGGCCGGGACCGCUCUUGUCUGCCGGGGCGCCAACAGAUCGCUGCUCGGUCGAUGCACCUCCUCCAUCUGCUGGCGGUGAUGGUAACGUGUGUCGGUCCUCGGUGUGGGUGAGGGGUCCGUCACCACUGAUGCGAUCGUCGGCAGGAGGGGGUGGGCGUGGGGGACUUGGUUCACAUGACGCCGGGACAGCGUCGCCAGUCUGUCCCCUCCUGGCCUUCUCGCAGUGCUGCGCCCCGUCCCUCUCGCCGUCAUCUGCCUUGACACUCGCACUCUCCUUGUCAGCCAGAACCUCAAUCCACAUCAUGUCCCGACUGAUCGCCUGCUUGGGCCUCAGCAGACGAUGAUUUGUCCGGCGGGGAUGAAUGGACCGGGGGCGACGCAGUGGGCCGGACGCGCGUUGGUAGGCGAGAGCAGGUGAGGGUGCAGGGGGUCGCGCCGUGAAGUUCACCCUUCUUCGCUGGAUGGCAUCGAGCACCUCAUUGGUCGCCCUCUCGAACCUCUGGUGAACCACCUCCCUCCAGCCCUCCUCCGACACAAAUGGCACGACAGGCAAGUUGGUCAAAUCUACCUCGCGCACGACCGCCUGGCCGCCUGCAGGUGGGCGGAACUCGCACAAGAAGCCGCCGGUGCCCGACGAGUCCCAGUCGAUGUCGCUCAGCUCCGUAUAAUUGGGCUGGAUCUCGCGCAGCUUGGCACAAACACGUCUUGCGUGGGCUGCCAGCGCCUCAGCGGCAUCAGGCUGCGAUGCGAUGGUGCGGCUAUCUGAUAGACGCACACAAACCGAUCCAUCCAGCACAUUUAUCCAGGAUGCGAUGCUUGUCAGCAUGAAUUUGGCUUGGGUGCUUGUCGUGUCAGCAGGCCAUUCGUCGUGCACCUCACGUACCUUGAGGCUCGCCCGUCUGAGGUCCGUGCCCUCCACUCAUGCUGAGCCUGCUUCCUCCCGACGGGGAGAUCUCAAU